CUGACAUGGACUUCGUGGUGACCUGUCUCCCCUGUGAAAGUCAAAAGGAAAUUAGGACUAUAAAUAUACACAGAGACCGUUAAAGUCCAUAUCCAUCCCUAAAUCUGGACUAAGAAGAGAUCUAAAACUGACCGAAUCUGAAAGCGGUCUGCGAAAUCCGACGAUCAUCAAAUUAUUAAACUGCUGCAGAUUUUGGCACUAUUUAGGAGGCCACUAUUUUUGGGGAUUCAUCAAUGGCGGUGCCGGUGGUGAGAUUUCCGAUUUUCGUGUUGGUGCGAGUGAUCGGAGUUGCAGUGGCAGCCUUGGUUUUAACGUGGAGUGUGCAUUACAGAGGAGGUUUAGCACUCAUCUCUGACAAUAAAGCUCUCAUCUUUAACGUCCAUCCUGUUUUAAUGGUAAUCAGCCUCGUCCUUCUAAAUGGUGAAGCAAUGCUGGCGUACAAGACAGUCUCAGGAACAAAGAGCUUCCGGAAAUUAGUUCAUCUUGUCCUGCAAUUCAUGGCUUUCUUUUUGAGUCUAAUUGGUGUUUGGGCUGCUUGGAAGUUUCAUAUUGACAAAGGAAUUGACAACUUUUAUAGUCUUCACUCAUGGUUGGGCUUAGCUUGCCUUUUCCUAUUUGGUGUCCAGUGGGCUGCUGGUUUUGCCACCUUCUGGUAUCCAGGUGGUUCAAGGAACAGUAGGGCGAGUCUCCUACCGUGGCAUGUCUUUUGUGGCAUAUACAUAUAUGCCCUUGCUAUUGUUACUUGUGCUACUGGCAUAUUAGAGAAAGCUACAUUCCUUCAAGCAAGCCACAUAAUCUCUCGCUACUCCACCGAGGCAUUGCUAGUGAACUGCUUGGGUGUCUUGAUAGUUGUUUUGGGUGGACUGGUUAUUCUUGCUGUUGUCUCUCCAAUGAAUGGAAAAGGUGACAUUCACAGGGAGCUAGCAGAAUAAGCACAAGUCAAUGUGUAUUUGAAUUCAAUUUUGAGAUAGAGACGAUAUAUCAAACUUCAUGUAUCGCAGGGUUGAAUUUUUUCUGGUAAUGAGAGAUGUAGUGACGGGGAAAGGAUGUAAAUUCUAUUCUCUGAUUCACAUAAUCUAUGACGCACUUGGAGCCCGUUUGGCCAUAA